UUAUUAGAUCAAAGAAACAUACCAACUAAGGCACUAGGAACAAGCCUAGCUAAGAAGUUGAUGCCUCACCACACCACAAGCUUGAUACCCACAGCCACAAGUAUCAAGCUACUGCACCCAAAAGUUCCAUUAAUGUUGAAGAUGAAAAGACAAAAAAGCCUAAUGAUAACUCAUGAGUGAUUCUCCUGCAGCCCACCAGAGAUAGACAAAGGACAAGAUAUCAGAGUUUUACAUUUACAAAACAAUCAGUCUGCUAAAUGAGUACUUUUAUGGAGGCAUUGUCAGAUAGACCCUUUAUGGUGAAAACAAACACAGACAAGCAAGUCUGUUAUAGAAACUAAUAACUUUUAGCAAGCUGAGAAACCAGCAGCUCCAUUCAAGGCAGUUGAAGACACUGAAAGCUAGCUUUCAAAGCAUAAGGUACAGAUACUAAUACCAGAACCAAAAGGCACAUAUCUACACCACCUUCUCUUCCAGUGACAAGGACUCAACCCAGUGUUGAAAUACCACCCUCUACAUGUAGGUUCAGUGACUUUCUUAUUUAGUUUCCAGCUUUGAAAAGUGACCACAAAUCCCCACAAAAGAGGGAUGUUCACACAACCUCAGCUUAAGACAGUGUGCAAACCAGAUACUCCAAACUGGGAGUUUCAUGUUUUCUUUUGUAAAUAGGUGAAUAUUCUUGACAGUAGACCAUUCACUAUAGAGCUGUAGCAACAUGAGGCUCCUUGCCAGAGGGGUUAGGGAACUGGGUGGGUGAAAAAGAAACUCCAGGCCCUUCUCUUUGAUGAGUUUUAACUGUACAAACACUUGUAUUAAAAUUAGAUUCUUCACAGCUUUAAGAAUUACAAAUUGUAUUCAUGUCAAUAUUGAUAUUAGAAUAUUACUACUUGUCUCUUCUAAGAGUUACAAAUAUAGUUUUUUUAUUGUCUAUAGUAGUUUUUGUACAAAAUUUAUGUGAUACUCAAGGCCCUGAGGGGAGUAUUUGUAUGUAAGUUUUUAAUAAACAUCAUUCAGUAAAGGUCUCUCAUCAGUCCAUUUUUUGCUUAUCUUUUAGCUACAGGAUAUAUUCAAAGCAUUGUAUUGAAUCACAGGAUAUGUAA